AAAUGGCUGCGCCCAUGAAUUAUCACAAUCUUUGGCAAACAUGUUCGUCACUGUUUGAAAUGAUCUUGAUUGUGUAUGACAGCAUUCAAUUUGAUCUUAAUUAGUUGAUACUGCAAAAUAUAUUUCUUUAAAAAUCCAAAUUCUCGCUAAAUUGCCUACGGACUUGUUAUGUUCAAAAUAAGAUAUGGAUAACAUGGAGGAGAUUGAUACUGCACCGGUUCACGCGUUUUCAAAUCUCAAGAGAAUUCUCUCAAAUGCAGAAGUUUCGAAAAUUGAACUGAUAGAGGAAAUCCAAGUACUCACUGAAAAAAUGAAGGACCCGACAGAGAGAGAGAAGAUAACAGAAGAUGACAUCAAAACAGUGGAUCAGGUCCUGAGCUAUUUUCUGCUCCUGUCAAAUACCGAUAAUAUUUCCGCACACAGUGGUUUGACAGACUGUUGUCGAUUGUUACGCAAUAUGUGUGUGCAGUGUACUUCUACGCAAGACAAACUUUUACCAUGUAUCGAGAAGAUCAAAUCUGUGAUAUUGAGUUAUACAGAUCUUAAGAGAGGGAUACACAAUACAGAAAGUGAAAGUAGCAGUGUCUUAUUUCGAUGCAUCGUGCAGUUCAUUGGUAAUAGCAUUGUUGGACAUCCAAAAAACCAGCAGUACGUGUGGGAUAAUUUCCAAGAUGAACUAAGUGACUUUUUGAAUUAUGGAGAUGACAAAUUGACAACCUACACAUGCAUGGUCUAUCACAACUGUCUGAGGGGACUUCUUGACAAGAAGUCAGUGAUGGAUGUAGAGCAUUGUGGGAAAAUACUCUGUGAUGUAGUCCAAUCAACUGUAGACAAGGAGUCAGAAUAUGGAUUAUACGUAGUGGAAGAUUGUUUAGAAGUAGAUGGGACACUGGCUGAGGCAGACACAGUGUUGUCGGACCAUGAAAUUUUAUUUGUCCUUGAAAUUUUUAUAAACGAACUGAAAAAGUUGCCACGGAACUCUGAUGUAUCAAAGAGCAGCACACAUCCCUCGCUGGGAAACUUGAAGUACCUAGUGACCCAGGUCGCCACUCAUGCCACCGCCAUCCUCAACAUAGUAGAGCAGAAAAUAGAAACUAAUCCGCACAUCAUUGUCAAACAGAUAGAGAUUCUAGGACUAGCUUCUUCCCUCCACAAUCUGUAUGGAGAACUCCAGAAUGAGGCUGACCUUUUGACAACAUGCUUAUAUUUGCUCCACAGCAUCCACCGACUGGGUAAAUGUGGAGAUAACGUGUUCAGUAGUGUGGAGAAAGUGACGGAAGCCCAAAAGGUGGAUGUUCAUCAUCCAGCUUACGGUCUGAAGAAGGACAUCAUCCGCCUACUGGCUAAUCUGGUACACGAACAUAAAGCAAACCAAGACAAGGUGAGAGAAAUGGAUGGCUUGCCGCUUAUUUUAGAUCAAACGAACAUCGAUGCUCGAAAUCCAUACAUCUCUCAGUGGGCGAUUCUCGCCAUCCACAACCUGUGCAAAAAUAACGCUGAGAACCAAAAACUGUUGUCUGACCUGAAAAUACAAGGAGUUUGCAACAAGUCCGCCGUUAUUGAGGAGCUCGGGAUCGAGGUGCAACUGAAGGAUGGCAAAGUGUCUGUGAAGCCGAAAACACAGGAUAGGUGAUCAUGCGCGGAUAAAAAAAAACCAACACUUUUCUUUGGUGGGAUGGGGGGGGGGUCCAAAGAGUAAUUGUGUUGACCAGGAACGGUGGAUCAGAGAUUUUUUUUGGUAAUUUUAUUACAUGUAUGGGGAUUUAUUAAGUUUGAAUUCUCCGGGGGAGUCGGGAUUAGAUCCGCGCAUGACUGAUCAAUCUUUUAUCAUCGAUACAUUGACCUGUUUCGCGCUGAUCGAAAAUUACAUCUCAUGUUGACGUAUGCCAGUAUCUUAUUGUUACAGGAAGUGUUAGUUUUUUAAAAAAUAAAUCACAGUGAAUAUAUAA